GAGGAGGUGGAGGAGGAGGAGAGGAGGGAAAGCAGCAGCGGCCGGUGAAGCGGCUCAUAACCGGUCUGACAACCUCCCCCUCCCCUCCCACGUCCCGCCGAGUCCAUGUUCUACGCCCAUUUUGUCCUCAGCAAACGUGGGCCGCUGGCCAAGAUCUGGCUGGCGGCUCACUGGGACAAGAAGCUGACCAAAGCACACGUGUUUGAGUGCAACCUGGAGAGCAGCGUGGAGAGCAUCAUCUCACCCAAGGUGAAAAUGGCGUUGCGCACCUCGGGUCACCUGCUGCUGGGCGUGGUGAGGAUCUACCACAGGAAGGCCAAAUACCUGCUGGCAGACUGUAACGAGGCCUUCAUCAAGAUCAAGAUGGCUUUUAGACCAGGUGUGGUGGAUCUUCCAGAGGAGAACAGAGAAGCGGCGUACAACGCCAUCACGCUGCCGGAGGAGUUCCAUGAUUUUGACCAACCGUUACCAGACCUGGAUGACAUUGACGUGGCUCAGCAAUUUAACUUGAACCAGAGCAGAGCAGAGGAGAUCACCAUGAGAGAGGAGGUGGGAAACCUCAACCUGCUGCAGGACAAUGACUUUGCUGACUUUGGGAUGGACGACCGGGAGAUGAUGCGGGAGGAGAGUGCGUUUGAGGUGGACAUCAUGGGGGCGUCGGCUUCCAACCUGCUGCUGGACGCUGAGGGCGGAACUAACCCCAUGACGGACAAGGCCAACCACCUGGAGUACGACGACCAGUACAAGGAUGACUUCGGAGACAACCCCAUGGAGAGCAAUGAGGGAGGGAUGCUGGUGGACAAGCUCCUGAGUAAUGAGGAUGGAGGCGGCAUCUUUGACGACCCUCCUGGCGUCACAGAGAGUGCGAUGAUGCCUCAGGACCGCGGAGACGACGAUGACGACUUCGACGCCCUCUCAGCGGGAGCCCCAGACAGUCCAGACUCAGGCCCAACAGAGCCACUGGGGCCCACUGCUAUGGCCGACCAGACAGAACAGGCCAACCUGGUUCACAACGAGGAGGAAACCUUCGCCCUGGAGCCCAUUGACAUCACAGUGAAAGAGACCAAGGCAAAGCGCAAGAGGAAGCUGAUUGUGGACAGCGUGAAGGAGUUGGACAGUAAAACCAUCCGCGCACAGCUGUCCGACUACUCCGACAUCGUGACCACGCUGGACCUGGCCCCUCCCACCAAGAAGCUGAUGAUGUGGAAGGAGACUGGAGGAGUGGAGAAGCUCUUCUCCCUGCCCGCUCAGCCUCUGUGGAACAUUAGGCUGCUCAAGAUGUUUACAAGGUGUCUGACCCCGCUGGUACCAGAUGAGCUGAGGAAGAGGAGGAAAGGUGGAGAGGCGGACAGUCUGGAUGAGUUCCUCAAAGAUCUGGAGAACCCAGAGGUUCCCAGAGAGGAAACAGCCGGCCUCCAGCAGGGAGACAUCAUGGACCAGACCGUCAUGGAAGAAGCCAGUGUGCUUCAAAACUCGGCCGUCGAGGGCAGCAGGACGACGCUGGAUGACUCUGUCAUGCCGCCACCGUCUUCACGAGGCUUGAAGCGCAAAUCCCAGGACACAGAGCCGGACCUGCCUAUGGGAGCUUUGGACGAGCAGCAGCAGCAGCAGCAGCAGCAGCAGCAGCAGCAGCAGGGUUCCACAGCCUGUAACGUGUCCCUGCAGCUGGAGGCUUCAUCCAAUAUGGAUUUGCCCCCAGAGGAGACCACCACUAGCAUCAGCCAGCUGAUAGAGUUGGACCUGCUCGCGGACAAGGACAAGAAGAAGAGUGAUGAUGACUCUGAUGAAGAGGAGGAGGAGGUACAGGGAGACCAGGACCAGGAGGAGAGGAGGUGGAACAAAAGAACCCAGCAGAUGCUUCACGGUCUGCAGAGGGUGAUGGCCAAAACAGGCAGCCAGUCGGUCGGCCUGCUGGACCUGUGCCGCAACAACAACAGGAAGCAGGCGGCCGCCAAGUUCUACAGUUUCCUGGUCCUGAAGAAGCAGCAGGCGGUGGACCUGGUCCAGGAGGAGCCGUACAGCGACAUCGUGGCCACAGCAGGCCCUCGCUUCCACAUCAUCUAGACAGAAGACUCUACAGCACUAACAAAACAUUGAUCUAUUUAUUGAUUUAUUUAAGUGGGGGGAACUGGGAAUGAAUAACAUUUUUUUAUCUUAAAUCAACACCGAAAAAGAGGAUUGCGAUAUUUUAAUUUGUUUUAUACUCACUUCAUUGCUAAAGUUAUGAGGCCGAUUUUUAAAGCUGACAUCGUAAACUGUUACGUGCACUAAUUCUAAAUCAGAAAACGUUGCACUGGAACUGAACCAAAUGUAAUGGGAGUGUUUGUUUACAGUGGUGUGAGGUGGAAACACUUCUCUCCCUCUGCUGCAUGAAAACAUCAGAUAGUGCAUGCACUGUGUCCACUUUCUGCAACAGUAUCAUUCAACUGUGGCUAAAAAAGUUAUUUAACCAGCAUUAAUCAUCCUAUUAGCACUUUCUCUUUGUGUCCCUCAUCUGAAGAUUGUAAGCACUGAAAGAGACCAAAUUAAGUACAAUACUUAAAAAACAACAUUCUUCUCUUACAAGGUAGUUCAGUUAUAGAUGGAGAUAAAACAGCUUUAAAUGACUUGCAAAAAAAUAGAAAUUAUAAAUGCAAAGAAGCACUUUUCUAUCGUAGUGUGACUGACACAUCAGUCACUAUAAAACAGUCAAAUAUGCAGAUUUUUCUCCAAAGGAAACUACUAUAAAUAUAAUAGUUUACAUAUGUGCUAUGGAGUUUGGACACAGAGUUGUUUCCUGCAUGCACAGAAAGACUUUUAUAAAAUGUUCUUUAACUGUUAAGGACACAGUGGUGUCCAUUUUAUGAAUAAUCAUUUAUUCAUUGACGAGUGAUGUAUCGUCUUGGUCUAAGCUCCCUCAGUGUACAUCACGUAGAUCAUCUGUAAAAUACCCAUUUAUUGCUAUUUAGAGAAUAAAAUGUUUGGUUUUUUUAAUGUAAAAAAUGACUUGGAAACAAAAGGUCAAGUCACGUCUUCACAGACUCUUAACUCACCAUAUGCCAAAAACAAAACAAUAUAAACAGGCAGACUUUGUCGCUGACUUCCUGAAAAGAUGAACGUGAUUAAAUGUCUGAUAACACGUUGUGAUUUUAUAUUUUGAAUGAAGGCCAGGACAAACCCUGUCUGUCUCCAAAAUGUUCCCGUCUUUCUCAACAGUUUUAGUCUGAAAUCUGUUCAAA